AUGGAAGAAAUAUCGCAUGAAAAGAAUGUGGUUCCAGGUUCUUACGUUAUCCUGGAAAACGUAUUUGGACUCAUGGGAACAGUAAUAUGGUCAUUUCAAUUAGUUCCGCAAGUUUAUAAAAAUUGGCGAAGAAAAUCCACGAGAGGACUUUCUCAAAUGAUGAUUCUUCUAUGGACGAUAUCCAAUGUGUUUUAUGGAACAUACGCGAUAGUCUUAAAUUUGUCGAUUCCCUUAAUAAUCCAGCCACAACUCUUUGGAAUUAUUUGUUUGUUUGUUGAUAUGCAAUUUUUAUAUUACGAUUCACCAAAACUUAAAGGAAAUAAAGUAAAAAAUGUAACAUUAUUCAUAUUGUCGGCGCUGCUCUUUGCCGGAUGUGAAGUUGGUUCCGUUUACGGAAUUAGAGAAGCGAAUGCGACAAAGAUCAGGUGGCCUGAAAAGGUUUUCGGAAUCGUAUCGCCAGUUUUAUUGAUUUCCGGAUUUGUGCCGCAGUACAUCCAAAUAUAUAAGGAGAAGCAUGUAAUUGGGAUUUCAAUGAUAUUUAUGGCAUUAGAUAUGGCAGGAGCCUUGUUUUCUGUUCUUAGUUUAGUUUUCCGACCACCCCCAUUUGAUACAAUAGCAUCAUUAACUUACAUAUCGGUAUUUGUAUUAGAUGGUUUAAUUGUGCUAUUGUAUUACUUUUUAAACUGGUUUCAUGCAAGGAAAAAUCAUAAUGAUGAAGAAUUUAUGGUAUAUAAUUAG